AGUUUUCUAAUACCUUCACAGCUCUGGCUUCUACAAAAGGAACUUCGACUACAACUCCGAUGGCUAGAAUGAAGACUAUUGGUCAAACAUCCAAAUCCAACAGCUCUCCUAGCAUGACGUCGGGUUUCGUACAAGCGGUUCACUCAAGGACAGCACCUUCUAAGGUGUUGUCUUCUUCUCUUCGACCAGCACCUGGUGUCAAACUGAUACGGAUUCUGAAAGGUGUCCCUACAGCGAAGGCAACUACAAAAUUGACGCCACAGAUUCUUCCACCUGGCAAGGAGAAUAUUCAACCUCUUCAAAUCAGUUCCAGCCUGGAACCUGUUGCCGUUGACAAUGACGAUGGUAAUCCUUUUGCUAAUGAGGUAAUUGAGAUGGACAGCGCUGCAUCAGAUGGUGAUGAUGAGAUUGCAUUCAGAAUUUCUGAAUGGUCCACUGGUCGAUACGUCGGGACAAUGCUCACAGAAAGUCAAUGGAAGAAGACGUACUAUGAGCACUUACAGAUGAUCAAGAGUCAAGAAGAGAUCUGGCGUGAUUCAGGCUUGUUUGAGAAGCGGACAGCCAAUAUACUUAACAAAGCUAGGCAAGCAUGUAUUGCUCCUGCAAUUGGAGAAGUGGACAAUGAGAGCACCAAGGUGGGUAUCCCAAGGAAUGUACUCGAAGCUGAGUAUCGCUUAUACAUGGAGGAGAGCGCUUCUCAUGAAGAUGAGGUGGAUACUGGAGGUGACCCAUACUUCAAUCUAUGGGGUGUGUAUAGUUCAGAUAUUGACGAGAUCGGAGACAUUGAAAGGGAGAAUGAGGUGGAAGCGGGAGCAAGUGAGAUUACCAUCAAAGAGGAAGUCGAAGAGGAGGAAGUUGACGUUGAAGAUGGUGAGUUGGGAGAGGAUGCUAGAGAGUGGCGGGAUGAGGAUGAGGAGGAUGGUGAAGAGGCCAAUGAGGAUGAGAACGAAGAGGAGAAAUAUGAAGAGGAUGACAAGUCGGUUGACGGGGAUGAGCUAGUGAGUGAUGCAGAGGAUUGGGAGCCUGAGGAGGAAGAUGAAUAGACAAUAGGCUGUCCAUAGACUAUUACAUCAUAAUCAUUGUUAAUAUAUAGUUGUUCUUGAA